AUGGCCAGCAACGCGGACGUUGGCCGUGUGCCGGAAUCUUGCGCCGCUGGACAAAAGCGCCUGGGUCUGCUGUGCUACGACAAGUGUCCAGUGGGCACGACCCGCGAAGGCCUCGACUGCCACUCGAUCUGUCCCGCUGGGCUCGCCGACCAAGGACUGUUUUGCCGCAACAGUGAAUACGGCCGGGGGGUUGGGUACCCAUGGAAGUUUGGCGACUCGCUCAACGACAGCGGCAUGUACCAACGCUGCCAAAUGGACCACGACAGGACAAGUGCGAAAAAUGGGAGUUGGUUGUGUGCCCCAAGUGCUUACCGGGCUACACUUGGGUUGGUUGAUGUAUCUGUCGACCUAACUCCCAAAUGCGGGUCCCUUGGCGGGGGCGGCGGGUUGGUCUUGUCAUGUGCCAAGAAAAUCACGGUUAUGGCACCUACGCUGGGCACGUGCGCUACCAACGAAGACCACGAUGCAGGCUUGUGCUACUCCAAGUGCAACCCCAACUACACGGGUGUCGGCGCAGUGUGCUGGGGUCGCCCUCCUGCCUUGUGGAUGCUCCCCACUUGCGACAAAGUUGCAGCCUUCAUAUCCAACAAGCAAUGGGUAGCUAGCUUCCUUGAGUUCCGUCGCAGAUGA